AUAGGAAAAAAGAAAAAUGGAAUCACAGUCAAAAUCUGACAAUCCGACGGCCGAGCACGAAUCUCAGGCCAUCGCAAGACGCAUCCAACGGUUGGCUUUACACCUGACCCCGCUCUCCGACCACCACCUCCGCCUGUGUCCAUGCAGCAGCGGCGGCAACAAGGCCAAGAUUGAAGUGAAAAAAGCAGAGCUUUCGGGUUACAUGAGAGGGAACGACAGAGAGAUUCAAGAGAGAGUGUUUGAAUAUUUCAACUCGAGGCCGGAGUUGCAGACUCCAAUUGAGAUUUCAAAGGAUGAACAUAGAGAGCUGUGUUGGAGGCAGCUUAUGGGCCUGGUCAGAGAGGCCGGGAUUAAGCCUUUUAGAUAUGUUAUUGAGGAUCCUGUAAAGUAUUUCGCCAUUCUUGAAGCUGUUGGCAGCGUUGACAUGUCGCUUGGGAUCAAGAUGGGCGUGCAGUACAGUCUUUGGGGAGGCUCUGUGCUCAAUUUGGGAACCAAAAAGCAUAGGGACAAGUAUUUUGAUGGUAUCGACAAUUUGGACUAUCCGGGUUGUUUUGCAAUGACAGAGCUCCAUCAUGGCUCAAAUGUUCAAGGCCUCCAAACGGUAGCAACAUUUGAUCCCAUCACAGAUGAAUUUAUAAUCAACACACCAAAUGAUGGAGCCAUCAAAUGGUGGAUUGGCAAUGCUGCAGUUCAUGGGAAGUUUGCCAGUGUUUUUGCCAGGCUUAUGUUACCGACUCAUGAGAAAAAAAGAUAUUCUGAUAUGGGUGUUCAUGCCUUCAUUGUUCCAAUUAGAGACUUGAAGACCCACCAGACACUUCCAGGAGUUGAAAUACAUGAUUGUGGCCACAAGGUUGGUUUAAAUGGAGUAGACAAUGGAGCAUUGAGAUUCCGCUCUGUAAGGAUUCCCCGAGAUAAUCUGCUUAAUCGAUUCGGAGAUGUCUCUCGGGAUGGAAAAUACACAAGUAGCCUUCCCACCAUCAAUAAACGAUUUGCUGCUACUCUUGGGGAACUUGUAGGUGGAAGGGUUGGCCUUGCAUAUUCUUCAGUUAGUGUCCUCAAGGUUUCUGCAACAAUUGCCAUCCGAUAUUCUCUAUUGCGCCAGCAAUUUGGUCCUCCCAAGAAGCCUGAAGUCAGCAUCCUUGAUUAUCAGUCUCAGCAACACAAGCUCAUGCCGAUGUUGGCUUCCACUUAUGCAUUACAUUUUGCUACUGCACAUUUGGUGGAGAAAUAUGCAGAGAUGAAAAAAUCUCAUGAUGAGCAAUUGAUUGGAGAUGUUCAUGCACUUUCAGCAGGCCUCAAGUCGUAUGUGACUUCGUAUACAGCAAAGUCAUUGAGUGUUUGCAGGGAAGCCUGCGGAGGUCAUGGGUAUGCUGCUGUCAACCGAUUUGGUAGCCUGAGGAACGAUCAUGACAUUUUUCAGACUUUUGAGGGCGACAACACAGUGCUUUUGCAACAGGUAGCAGGUGAUCUUUUGAAGCAAUACAAGGAGAAGUUUCGAGGUGGGACAUUUGCGGUUACAUGGAAUUACUUGAGAGAAUCGAUGAACACAUAUCUCUCUCAGCCAAAUCCUGUAACUGCUCGUUGGGAAGGUGAAGAGCAUUUACGAGAUCCUAAAUUCCAAUUGGAUGCCUUUAGAUAUCGAACAUCUCGAUUGCUUCAAAGUGUUGCAGUGCGACUUCACAAGCACACAAAAACCCUAGGGAGCUUUGGUGCAUGGAAUAGAUGCUUGAAUCAUCUUCUCACACUCGCAGAAUCCCAUAUUGAGUCAGUCAUCCUAGAAAAGUUUAUCGAAGCUGUCCAGAAAUGUCCAGAUCCAAGUUCUCGAGCUGCUCUAAAGCUUGUCUGUGAUCUUUAUGCCUUGGACCGAAUCUGGAAUGACAUUGGAACCUACCGAAAUGUUGAUUAUGUGGCUCCUAACAAAGCUAAGGCUAUUCACAAGCUGUCAGAAUACUUGAGUUUCCAAGUGAGGAAUAUUGCCGGGGAACUUGUCGACGCAUUCGAUCUCCCAGACCAUGUUACUAGGGCCCCAAUUGCCAUGCAAUCAGAAGCUUAUGCUCAGUACACACAGCAUGUUGGAUUCUAAAACUCCAACAGAAAGCAAAAAACAGUGAUCGAUACAUUUGAAUCAAUUGUGGAUGCAAAAAUAGAUGAAAGAAAGUUCCCACUCUAUUUAUUCUUCGUUUUUUCCCACUUAGAAUAUGAUACAGAAUUUCUGGGACAAAACCCAUGUUGGCAUACUAGGCAGGAAGAAUAAUAUGCUGAAAAUUGAAAAGAGUUUUAGCAUAGUUGUUUAUGAUAUUGUACGGAACAAUGGAUCUUGUGAUAAAGCUUAAACAAUAAAAAUUCAGUCAAAAUUGAAAGGAGUAG